AUGUCAGACCAAAUACGUAAGGAGUUGUGUGAGUACAAGAGAGAUAAUCCUACAAGCACACAAAAAGAUUUGCAGAGAUGGCUUGAGGGAAAAUUUCAGUUGAAAGUUAGUCAAGGAACAAUAUCAAACACACUUAAGCGGUCAGAUGACUAUCUCUCUGCUGAAACAGAAAAGGGAAGAGCAGAGAUCAAAAGACACAAACCAACAAAAUAUCCUGACAUGGAGAAGGUUGUUUAUGAGUGGUUUCUCCAACAUCAAAAACGUGUGAAUAUCACAGGAGAAUUAAUUUUGCAGAAGGCAAGAGAUACAAUGAAACUCGUGUAUCCUCAUGAUGAUUCAAAUUUUAACUUCUCUAUAGGAUGGCUUAGGAAAUUCAAACACCGACAUGGCAUAAAGUCAUUUCAUCAUUUUGGCGAGAGUGGGUUUGUUGAUGUACAAGACAUGGAGCAGAGAUUGGUAUCAAUUCGGGAGAAAAUUGAUCAGUUCCCUAUGAAAGAUGUUUCCAAUAUGGAUGAAACUGAGUUGUUUUAUAGGCUACAAGCUGAUCAUUCAUUGGCAACAAAAUAA